CCAUCUGAGUGCUAAGCCUAAUAGAAUUUAUGAAUUAUUGAUGUAAGCAUGUGAUCCAGAGCAUUAUUUUAGAACCAAUUGAAUCAUUGCCAAAUGAUUUUCUAGUUUCUGAUUGCUUUUGUGAGCAAAUCCCCAGAUAACAUGAAGAUUAUACAUAUCCUCUCCUUCCAUCCUAAUAUAGAUAACAUAAAGAUUAUACAUAUCCUCUCCUUCCAUCUGAAUAUACAAUUCAUGAAUUAUUAAUGUAACCCACAUGGCCAACAUCCAGAGCGUUAUUUUUAUAUCAGCAUUUACGGUCGUGUGAAUCGCGUGAACUAUUUUAAAUGCAAUAAAAGGGGGAAAAACAAUAGUCUAUGAUGGAAGCUCUUUUCUAUAAAUACCGUAUGUUUACUUCAGGAUGUAGAAGAAGUUUGAUGGUAUCUGUGAUUAGCACUGGACAAUUCUUCAUUUAAGCUGUUGAAGAGUGUAAAAUGGCCACAGGGAAAGGAUGCUGCGGGACUGGUAAUGGUGGGCCUGGUUAUAAAACUCCCAUCGAAGCAAUGAACGGGCCUCGGGAAAAGCUUUUAUAUGUCACUGCUGUUUAUACUGGUACUGGAAGGGCAAAUCCUGACUACUUAGCUACAAUAGAUGUGGAUCCAAAGUCAUCCUCUUUUUCUAAGGUAGUCCAUCGUUUGCCUGUAACUCAUCUAGGUGAUGAGUUGCAUCAUUCUGGAUGGAAUGCAUGCAGCUCUUGCCAUGGGGAUCCUUCUGCUCAAAGGCGUUACCUCAUUUUACCAUCGCUAUUGUCCUCUCGUAUCUAUAUUGUUGAUACAGGAGGCAAUCCAAGGGCACCAGUCCUUCACAAAGCCAUUGAGCCAGAGACUAUCUUGGAUAAAACAAAUUUGGCUUUUCCUCAUACUGCUCACUGCCUUGCAUCUGGAGACAUUUUGAUCUCAUGUAUGGGUGACAAAGAUGGCAAUGCAGAAGGUGCCGGUUUCUUGCUUUUGGAUUCAGAUUUUAAUGUGAAAGGAAGAUGGGAGAAGCCAGGUCAAAGUCCUAGCUUUGGCUAUGAUUUCUGGUACCAACCACGACAUGAUACAUUAAUCAGUUCAUCAUGGGGAGCACCUGCAGCAUUUUCAAAAGGUUUCAGUCUUCAAGAUGUUGCAGAUGGCUUAUACGGAAGACAUUUGUUUGUUUAUAGCUGGGGUGAAGGUAUAUUAAAACAAACAUUGGACUUGGGAAACACGGGACUCAUACCAUUGGAGGUGAGGUUUCUCCAUGAUCCUUCCAAAGACAUAGGAUAUGUAGCAUGUGCUUUAAGUAGCACAUUGGUGCGUUUUUUCAAGUCAUCUGAUGGAACAUGGAACCACGAGGUUGCAGUAUCAGUACCAAACUUGAAGGUCAAAAAUUGGAUUCUGCCUGAGAUGCCUGGAUUGAUAACCGAUUUCCUUAUUUCCUUGGAUGAUCGAUUCCUUUAUUUUGUCAACUGGUUGCAUGGAGAUAUUAGACAAUACAACAUUGAAGAUCCUACAAAUCCUGUCUUGACUGGUCAAGUUUGGGUAGGUGGUCUUGUAAGAAGGGGAAGCCCAGUGGUUGUUGAGAAGGAUGAUGGACAUACAUGGCAAUCUGAUGUUCCUGAUGUUCUGGGAAAGAAGUUGAGAGGAGGACCACAAAUGAUCCAGCUAAGUUUGGAUGGGAAGCGGCUUUAUGUUACGAAUUCCUUGUUCAGUAGUUGGGACAAUCAAUUCUACCCUGAACUGAUUGAGAAAGGUGCCCACAUGCUUGUUAUGGAUUGUGAUACUCAUAAGGGUGGGCUAUCAAUUAAUCCAGACUUCCUGGUUGACUUUGGAGAGGAGCCACAAGGCCCUGCUCUUGCUCAUGAGAUGAGGUAUCCUGGUGGAGACUGCACAUCAGACAUAUGGCUUUAAGUCUCUCCCGCAUCUCAAUAAUUGUUUUUGAAUAUGAAGGCUGUGGUUCAACGGUAUGCAAAGAUGGCUUACACAUCCAAUACUGGUGACUCUUUACCAAUAAAUUUGAAAUGUAAAGAAUGGUCAUAACCAUUCAGUCACCGAUCAAAUUCAUAAUAAUUAUUGUAUAAAUAAAUGAACUGAUAUUCCAAAUGAACUGUUAUAUUUUAUGUGGUGAAUAAAAAAAAUGUACUAAGUUUCUUCCGUGUGAGCACUACACGGUUGAUAAGCCUUGCUGGCAAUUCCCUAGAA